AUGGAUCUAGCUUCAGCGAAAUGUGUAAUCAACAGCAUUUCUCGGUUCAUUCAUCUAGUUUCUUGCCAAACAGUGAAGCCUAUCCCUCUUCAGAAGAACUGUACUAAUAUGGUUUCUGUUUUGAGGUGUUUGAAACCGGUGCUUGAUGAUGUUUUCGAUUACAAAAUUCCUUUGGAUGAGAAUCUGUAUAGAGAAUGUGAAGAGUUGGACCGGCAGGUUAAUGAAGCUCGGGAGUUUGUUGAAAAUUGGAGUCCGAAGACAAGCAGGGUUCAUAGUGUUCUUCAAAGUGGAGAACUGUUAAUAAUGUUACAGGACACUGCACUUAGGAUUUGUCACAUAAUUGAUAGAUUCCAUAAGUUAACUUCAUCUACCUCAGUUUUGAAUAAUCUUCAGCAUCAUAUGCAGGAACUUAAGUGUCUUAAGAAGGAAUCCACAUCUGUCUAUAUAGAAGAAGUGUUGAGAAAUCAAAAGGAUAAUACUAAGCCUAGCUAUGAACGUCAAAAGGAAAUUAUAGAGUUACUUAAUUUGACGUCAAACCAGGAUCUACUGAAAGAAAGUAUUGCUGUGGAAAAGGAAAGGUUGAAUGCGGAAGUUAACAAAACAAAAGGGGAGUUGGAUAAAGUUAACCAAAUUGUGAAUCUUGUUUGCAGUUUACGUGAUUAUGCAAUGAAAACUAAAUGCUCUGAAGUCAAAAGUGAUGUGUCAGUCCCAUCAUACUUCCGAUGCCCUUUAUCGCUUGAACUCAUGUUGGAUCCUGUUAUUGUUGCUUCAGGUCAAACAUACCAGAGACAGUCCAUCCAGACUUGGCUUGAUAACGGGCUGAAUGUUUGUCCCAAGACUCAUCAGACACUUAACCAUGCAAUUCUAAUUCCCAAUUAUACAGUUAAAGCGAUGAUAGCAAGUUGGUGCGAAGAAAAUAACGUCGAACUUCCCCAUCACUCAAAGCAGAGUAAUUCUACCCAAAGUUCACCCCCCAAAGAUUAUUUGUUGCAUCAAGAUUUAAAUCGGGUCUGUAGUUUCGGGUCUUCGCUUAGUAGCAAUUCCAAUUCAAAACCAACUCUUCAAACUGGAAAUGCAUUUGAAAAGCAAAAGGGUAAUGACUUCUCUAGAUUAAGCGGUGAAGGUGAGACAGAAAUGUUUGAGCAACAAUCUCAGGCUCCUUCAUGUAGUCAUAGCAGAACAAAUGAAGAAGUUGCGAAUUUCCCAACGGUAUCACAAGACCAAUUUCAAAGCCGUGGAUCAAAAGCAACAAUGCCAGGGAUAUCAAAUAAACAUCAAAAUGUGCAGGAGAAGCAUCAAAAUGUUCCAACGGUGUCAGGGAUAUCAAAUAAGCAUCAAAAUGUGCUGUUGUCCGGCGAAAUUAAUAAUAGUGUGUUUCCUGCUUCUCCUGCAUAUAAAGAAGUUGGGAAUUUUCCAACGGUAUCACAAGAGCAAUAUCAAAGCCCUGUAUCAAAAAAUGCAAAGACGCCAGAGAUAUCAAAUAAACAUCAAAAUGUGCAGGAGAAGCAUCAAAAUGUGCAGGAGAAGCAUCAAAAUGUUCCAAUGGUGUUAGGGGUAUCAAAUAAGCAACAAAAUGUACAGGAGAAGCAUCAAAAUGUUCCAACAGUGUCCGGGAUAUCAAAUAAGCAACAAAAUGUACAGAAGCAGGAAAGUGCACAGGAGAAGCAUCCAAAUGUUCCAACGGUGUCAGGGAUAUCAAAUAAGCAUCAAAAUGUGCAGGAGAAGCAUCAAAAUAUUCCAACGGUGACAGGGAUAUCAAAUAAGCAACAAAAUGUGCUUCUGUCUGGAGAAAUUAAUAAUAAUGUGUUUCCUGCUUCUCCUGCAAAUAAGGAAGUUAGGAAUUUUCCAACGGUAUCACAAGAGCAAUUUCAAAGCCCUGGAUCAAAAAUUCCAAUGACGCCAGGGAUAUCAAAUAAACAUCAAAAUGUGCAGGAGAAGCAUCAAAAUGUUCCAAGAGUGUCAGGGAUAUCAAAUAAGCAUCAAAAUGUGCAGGAGAAGCAGGAAAAUGUGCAGGAGAAGCAUCAAAAUAUUCCAACGGUGUCAGGGAUAUCAAAUAAGCAUCAAAAUAUGCUUGUGUCCGGAGAAAUUAAUAAUAAUGUGUUUCCUGCUUUGCCCGCAAAUAAAGAAGUUGAGAAGUUUCCAACGGUAUCACGAGAGCAAUUUCAAAGCCCUGGAUCAGAAAAUACAACGAUACCAGGGAUUUCAAAUAAACAUCAAAAUAUGCAAGAGAAGCAUCAAAAUGUUCCAACGGUGUCAGGGAUAUCAAAUAAGCAUCAAAAUGUGCAGGAGAAGCAUCAAAAUGUUCCAACGGUGUCAGGGAUAUCAAAUAAACAUCAAAAUGUGCUUCUGUCUGGAGGAAUUAAUAAUAACGUGUUCCCUGCUGGUCCUGCAUAUAAAGAAUUUGGGAAUUUUCCAAAUGCAUCACGAGAGCAGUUUCAAAGCCCUGAAUCAAAAUAUCCAAUGACAGAGAAUGAAAAUAAGUACAAUAACAAUAAUAAUAUUGUUUUUGUUAGCCAUUCAAGUUCAGAAGAUGAUGCCCAUCCCGUUUCCAACUCAGAAUCGGAUAAAUUGACCACCACUCAUGUCGGUAAGUUGAUUGAAUAUCUACAAAGUCAAUCAAAAGAAACACAAGCUGCUGCUGCCGAAGAAUUGCGGCUUCUUACGAAGCAUAACAUGGAAAACCGUAUCAUUGUUGGGAAAUGUGGCGCCAUUGUGCAUUUACUUCCAUUGCUAUAUUCAGACAUGAAGAUAACACAAGAGCAUGCUGUGACAGCUAUACUGAAUUUGUCGAUUAAUGAAGACAACAAGACCUUGAUUAUGGAAGCAGGAGUCAUAGAACCACUUAUCCAUGUUUUGAAGAAUGGAAAUAAUGGUGCCAAGGAAAAUUCGGCUGCAACUCUAUUCAGCCUCUCAGUACCAGAAAACAAUAAGAUGAAGAUUGGUCGCUCCGGUGCUGUUAAAGCUUUGGUGGAGCUUCUAGCUUCUGGAACUCUUAGGGGGAAGAAAGAUGCUGCAACUGCUUUAUUUAACCUAUCAAUAUUUCACGAGAAUAAAGCUCGGAUAGUUCAAGCUGGAGCUGUGAAAUUUCUGGUUAAGCUAUUGGACCCUGCUGAUGGAAUGGUUGACAAGGCUGUUGCUCUUUUGGCAAACUUAUCGACAAUCCCAGAGGGUCGAAUAGAAAUUGUACGCGAAAGGGCAAUCCCCUUACUGGUUGAACUUGUGGAAUCGGGUUCUCAUAGGGGAAAGGAAAAUGCUGCAUCGAUUGUCUUGCAACUUAGCCUUCAUAGCCCUAAGUUUUGUACCCUCAUUCUUCAAGAAGGAGCUGUACCUCCCAUAGUUGCAUUGUCCCAGUUUGGAACGCCAAGAGCAAAGGAAAAGGCACAACAACUUCUCAGUCAUUUUCGUAGUCAGCGUGAAGGAGCUAACGGUAGGGGAAAAUCAUGA